AUGUCAGAGAUGGCAUGUAUAGUAUUUCGAAAAAUCUUGUCGUGUGGACAACUUGGUCAUCUCUCAGGUAUUAACUUCUUCUAGCUAGACAAGGGGAGAAAGAGUUACGUUUGAGAAAAUGGGGAAUGUAUUCGCAAUAAUCAAGCCCAUAUUACAUGCUAUAAUGAAAGCUAUCGGAAUGACAUCCAUGUUGGUAGAAAUAGAACCAGGAACCACCAUGCAUUUUUGGGUUCCAAUUGAAUCCACAGCUAUUCAUCAGGACCCUAACAACAAGCCUAAGCCUACAGUUGUAUUUCUCCAUGGAUUUGUUGCCAAUGGAAUUAUGACAUGGCUUUUUCAAAUGGUCUCCUUAAGAACUUCAGGUGCUGAUUUUGCUGUUUACGUUCCUGAUCUACUUUUCUUCGGAGACUCCAUCACUGAUUGUCCCGAACGGUCAACGAGUUUUCAGGCACAUUGUUUAGCAAAGGGUCUGAUGAAGCUGGGAGUUGAAAAGUUUUCUCUAGUGGGAUUCAGUUAUGGAGGAGUGGUUGGGUUCAAGUUGGCUCAAUUGUAUCCUGACAUGGUUGAAUCUAUCGUUAUGUCAAGCACAGUUAUAGAGUUGACUGAGUCUAUUAGCAAUGCUUCGUUGAACAACAUUGGGUUCACAAGCUGGCCUGAUUUUCUUUUGCCCAAAACCAUCUCAGAUCUCAAAGUGCUUCUAUCUAUUGGCACUCACAAGUUUCCCUGGUUUCCUGAUUUUUUCUUCAGGGAUUUUCUUGAGGUAAUGUUUGCCAACCGAAAAGAGAAAUUGGAACUUCUUAAAGCUUUUGUUGUCAGUGACAAAGACGCUGCUACUCCUGAAUACUCACAGAGGAUUUACCUUUUAUACGGAGAUAACGACAAGAUUUUUAAUCAAGCAGUUUCUGAUACUAUAAAAGCGAAGUUGGGAGAAAAUACAACACUCGAGUACAUAAAAAGUGCAGGACAUCUAGUUCAAUUGGAGCGGCCCUUCGCUUACAAUUGUUUUCUCAAGAAAAUUCUUUCAUAUUCAAGUGGCUCUGGGAAAAUGUGAUGAAUAUGCACUAAAUGUCACCUUUAUCAAAUUAUGUAUUAAUUGUCGUAGUUUAUGUUCCAAACUUGUUCUGUUGCAAUAGUAAACACAUUUCCAUAGCAGUUGCACAUGGAAAAAGCAUAUUAA